GGUGAAAUACUAUUCAUUUCUUCAACUCGAGUCAGGCUGUUUGUUAAUCGCGCCGUGUUAGAAUUUUCGUUUACAGCAAUCUAUUUGAAAUUUAUCGUGUGCUUUUAACUUAACCACAUUGAAUUAUAAAAUUAGUUUAUUACAACUAUUUGUGUUAAAAAAUUAAGUCUUCCUCUUGAAAUACAUUUUUUAAUAAUUAAAGACAUGGCUCUUGAUUUAAAAGAGAAGGGAAAUGCUGCAUUAUCUGCUGGGAAUUAUUCUUUAGCAGUAGAACAUUAUACUCAGGCUAUAGCUCUCGAUCCCAACAAUCAUGUUCUCUACAGUAAUAGAUCAGCUGCUUAUGCUAAACAAGGAAAAUAUAAUAAUGCACUAGAAGAUGCUGAAAAGACAGUAUCCAUUAAACCCGACUGGCCAAAAGGUUAUUCUAGAAAAGGAACAGCAUUAGCGUUUUUAGGCCUUAAAGAUGAAGCCACUAAAGCAUAUGAAGAUGGUUUAAAGUAUGAUCCUAACAAUCAACAAUUAUUAGAUGGUUUAAAAGAAGUAAAAAAGCAAGAUCAACCUUCUUUUGGGGGUAACAGUAUGUUUCCACCAGAGGCAUUUUUGAAAUUAGCUCGAGAUCCUAGAACCAAAGAUUUAAUUAAUGAUCAACAAUUUAUGAGUAUGUUAAUCGAGUGCCAAAAAGAUCCUCAAAAAUUAUUUGCUAACAUGCAGGACCCAAGAAUGUCAGCUGCAUUAAGUGUUAUGAUGGGAAUUAAUUUAGAUGAUGAAAAAAUGGAUACUGAACCAACGCCUCCUCCACCAAAACCAAAAAGAGAACCUACUCCACCACCUAAAAAAUCUGAAGAGGAAAAUUUAACUGAAGAACAAAAGGAGGCUAAAAAAGAAAAAGAUCUUGGCAAUGAAGAAUAUAAAAAGAAAAAUUUUGAAUCUGCUCUUACUCAUUAUAACAAAGCAAUUGAAUUAGAACCAACAAAUAUAACGUACUAUAAUAAUGUUGCAGCUGUAUAUUUUGAACAAAAAGAGUAUAAGAAAUGCAUUGAAGAAUGUGAAAAAGCUGUUGAAAUUGGCAGAGAAAAUAGAGCUGACUUCAAAUUAAUUGCUAAAGCAUUUUCAAGAAUCGGCAAUGCUUAUAAAAAAUUAGAAGAUUAUAAAAAUGCCAAAACAUAUUUUGAAAAAUCCAUGUCUGAACAUAGAACACCUGAAGUUAGAAGUAUUAUAUCAGAGUUAGAUAAAAAAAUAAAAGAAGAAGAACGCAAAGCUUACAUUGAUCCAGUUAAAGCGGAACAAGCUAAAGAAAGAGGAAAUGAAUUUUUCAACAAAGGUCAAUUUGCUGAUGCAGUUAAGGCUUAUUCAGAGGCCAUUUUGAGGAAUCCUGAUGAGCCUAAAUAUUAUAGUAAUCGCGCAGCUUGUUACACAAAACUAGCAGCUUUUGAUUUAGGCCUUAAAGACUGUGAUAAAUGUGUUCAAUUGGAUCCUAAAUUUUUGAAAGGUUGGAUAAGGAAAGGAAAAAUUUUACAAGGCAUGCAACAAUCUUCUAAAGCAUUAUCUGCUUAUCAAAAAGCUCUAGAUAUUGAUUCAUCGAAUGCUGAAGCCUUAGAGGGAUAUAGAGCAUGUUCAUUAGCAGCACAUUCUGAUCCAGAAGAAAUGCGAAAACGGGCUAUGGCUGAUCCUGAAGUUCAAGAUAUUAUUAGAGAUCCUGCAAUGCGUCUUAUACUUGAGCAAAUGCAAAAUGACCCUAAAGCUCUAAGCGAUCAUUUAAAAAAUCCAGAUAUUGCUAGCAAGAUUCAAAAGUUAAUAGAGUCCGGUCUCAUUGCUAUACGUUAAAAAUCUGUUAAUAUAUGUACAAAUACAAUUUAAAUUUAUUAUUUUAUUCUCUAUGCUUUUUUGAGAUAUUACAUUUUUUAAAUGUCUUUACUAUAUAUAAUAUUAGUUAUUUGUUUAAUUCUAUUUAUAAAGAUAUGAGAAUGAUUUUUUAUGAAAA